GGUGUAGGACACCCCAGAACGGAGCAGCGCGUGCGCCGAUGAAGCACAAGCUCCUCCCACUACCAGGAAGACUAAACAGUGGCGUGGCUGAGAACCGACGAGCGUUGACUGUAAACGAAAUCAUGUGGGCUGAACAACUGGGGAAACAGCUGGGCCGUCCCACACGAUCACUUGCAGGGUGGUUGGUGAGCAAGUGGCUCACAGCUUACAAUCAGGUCCUGGAGGAGAGUGCUGUGCAGCUGUGUGCCAUCCAACCUGGGGACACCGUGCUGGAGCUGGGUCAUGGCCCCGGUCUGGGUCUACAGUCUGCAGCCAAACUGCUCACGGGCCCCACAGGCCACCUUAUAGGGGUGGAUUACUCAGAGUAUAUGCAUCAGAUGGCAAAGAAACAAAUGAUGGAACUUAUAGCGAGUAAAAAAGUGACGCUCCACCACUGUGACGUAGCAGCAAUGCCUCUCGGAGACAGCACUGUGGAUAAAGUCUUUCACUGUAACUGCUACUACUUCUGGCCUGAUCUUAGAAAAGGAGCCGCAGAAAUACACCGGGUGAUGAAGCCAGGAGCCCUGAUGGUCACAACUCUGAGGCUUUCUCGUGUGGCUACGAUAGCAGCGAAGGGGGUGAUGCCAGGGGAAAACUGGCGCCCAGAGGCCUACAUGGCAGCUCUGAGAGACUCCGGCUUCACUGAUGUUAAAAUGGAGGACAAGCAGGACAGAAACAUUACUUUUCAGGCUAUCUUUGCCACUGCCUUCAAAUAAGAUUGUGUCUGAUCUACACUACUUAUGCGAUUGUGAAGUUUAGUGUGAUUACAUCAGUCAUUAAUGGUCUUCCUUUUGAAGAUGGAUAAACCUGAACUUAUCAUAAUGAUAAACAUAUACAGAUGAGAAGUUUUUAUAUCAUUUUCUGUCAUUCCCUACGUGCAAUGUUCUUACAUCAGUACCAAUAUACAGUAUGGUGAUUUUAAAACUUCAAAACAGCAUUACUGUGAAAAGUGGAAAUAAAACAUAAUGAAGAACUCUA